UUCAGUACUUCUAUUGAACGUAAUGACAAUGUUGAUUCGGUGUUUUUUAGUUACUGUUCUAAUAUUCCAGGUGUGUCUAGCCGUCCCUUUCGGCCUGAAACCCAGAAUCACAGAUGGUGAGGAUGCCACACCAGGAGAAUUUCCUUAUCAGGUCUCUCUUCUGUGGAGUUUGCCACCCAUUAUUCCUUUCCAACACAUCUGUGGUGGUUCGAUUGUGCAUGAGAGUUUUAUUUUAACUGCGGGACAUUGCGUAACAGAUGGCAAACUUAAAAUUAUGGUUGGCAAGCAUUAUCUUGAUAAAUAUGAACAAACUCAGCAAGAAGUUGACGUUGUUAAGACUUACGUAAACGAAAAUUAUCCAGGAGGUAUUGCUCCAUAUGAUAUCGCACUUCUGAAACUUAAAACUCCUCUCACUUUUAACAAGUGGAUAUCCCCUGUCAAAUUACCUGAACAAGAUGCAGUACAAAUUGGAAAUGCUGUACUCACUGGGUGGGGCUCCGUCUCCAAGACAUGGUUUCCAAGGCUUGCCGUCGUUCUCCAAAAAGUUACUGUUCCCUUGUUGGACAGUAAAUCUUGUCAAGAUAAAUUCUCGAACAUUGAUGAAGCACAAGUUUUUGAUUCACAAAUCUGCACUGCUGCUAUUGAGGAAAUAUCCGCUUGUUCUGGUGACUCUGGUGGUCCAUUGGUCCAAUUUGAAAACAACGUUCCUACUCUAGUUGGAAUCACUUCAUGGGGUAUCUACCCGUGCGGUACUAGUCACAUGCCUUCGGUCUACACCCGCGUAGCUUCUUACACUACCUGGAUUAAAUUUAUAAUAUGGAUUGAUGAUGUUAAUCAACGUCAGUCAAAUUUUACUAAUCAUACUGUUGCACUCAACGAAAUGAGUAUAAAAUGCAGUAAACUUUUUGAAUUGACAUCAUACAGCGAAAUGUUUUCCAAAGCAAUCGUGUUCUGUGCCCUCCUAACAGUGGCGGUCGCUGAGAGGCCCCGAGUUGGUCUUCAGAUGCCGCCGAUUUUGCAGCGUUUUGCUCGCCCGAUCUCGCCACAAGUGGUUGGAGGCGAAGAAGCGCCAAAAGGAGGUUACCCAUUCAUAGUUUCUUUGCAAAUGUUCUCUCAGCAUUUCUGCGCCGGAUCCAUUUUGAACAAAUAUUGGAUCAUAACAGCAGCACACUGUACUGAAGCAGUUUCUUCAUUAAAUUAUCUUCGCGUUAAGGCUGGUAAGCACAAUAUUCAAGAAAACGAAAACACUGAGCAGACAGUUCAAGUGGCGCAAGCUUAUGUACAUGAAAACUAUCAAGGUGGUGUUGGCCCUUACGACAUAUCUCUGCUUAAGCUUGCGUCUCCAUUAAAGUUGACGAAAGAAGUACAAGCCAUUGAACUACCACAGCCAGAAAGCGAACCAACUGGAGAGGCAUGGCUUUGUGGAUGGGGCUCUACUUCGACUAGCCGUUUUCCAAUAAUGCCAGAUAAACUUCAGCAUGUUAAGAUGGAAUACGUAGAUCGCACUACUUGCUACGAAUCCAUCAAACGUUUGACGGGAUCUUCUCCCGUUCAUGAAACCAAUGUCUGCACUGGGCCAUUGUACGAUCAAAUAUCCGCAUGCAGUGGAGACUCCGGUGGCCCAUUAAUCUCACGUAACGGACAAAAACCGGUUCUUACUGGAAUUGUAUCUUGGGGUAUUAUUCCAUGCGGUAGUGCAGGAGCGCCAUCCGUAUACACCAAGGUAUCCAGUUACAAUAAAUGGAUUACGCAAAAAAUCAAUAAUUAUUGAUGACGAUAA